UUUGUUCGCAAGCACGAUACAGUGUUGUGUAUUGCUGGCGGCUACCAUUCUGCAUCAUGCAUGAAAACGGGCACCCUGGUGAUGGACAUGUUCGACCUCGAUCAAGUAGACCUCAACGUGGAGGCGCUGACAGUCAAAGUCGGCGCUGGCUGCAAAUUGGGUCAAAUUGACGAGAAGCUCGUAGAGCAUGGUUUGGGUGGUGUGUGGGGCACCAACAGUGACACAGGCAUUGCAGGUCUGACCUUGGCCGGGGGAUUGGGAUGGCUGACGGCGAUGCAUGGUUUCGGCGUCGAUAAUAUGAUUGAGGUCGAAAUGGUUUUGCCAAACGGGGAAUUCAUCACAGUCAACGAUGAUAACGAAUAUUCUGAUCUGAUGGUUGGGUUGAGGGGUGCUGGGGUGUACUUUGGAGUGGUUACCAGCUUCAAAUUCAAAGUACACCAUGUGGGCGAUGUCUUGGGAGGUCUGGUGGUUUCUCUGUGCCCUACUCAGGCAUCGGCCGUUGAGCUAGUAGACGCCAUGGUCAAGCACGUGCAAGCCACACCAAACACACUCGGCGCAAUGCUUGUGUUGCCAGCCGGUGCUCCGGUUGUUCCCCAAGUAUGGGUUGAUUUUUCCGGGAAGAAACUCGAGGAGAAUGAGGAUUUGCAAAAGGCGGUUAAGCUGGGGGGAUGGAUCAAUGUCAAGAACACUGUGGACAAAUGUAACUUUGCGCAUGACGUGCAGACACUCACGGAUCCUAUGACUCUAGGGGGUGAUAAGUACAUGGGUGUUUUCGGACUAAAAAGUUUACCCCUCGAGGCCGUGGAGCUGCUCGUCAAAGAAUCGCGCGAGCAUGGCAUGAUCAAAGGCUGCGGCGGUGCUUUCAUCGUGCAAUUUCUAAAGGGCGAGGCGUAUGACAAGGAUUUCAGUGCAAAGUCGUGCGUGCCUUUCCGUGACGCCAUUGCUUGGGCGGUGUGUGUUGCUGAAUGGACUGGCUACGACGAAAAUGGCCUGAAGCGAGAAUCUUGUAAGGGAUGGGUUCAUAGAACCAAGAAAACUCUUCAACCGUGGCUGCUCGAAACCGCUCAUGCCGUGGAAGCUGACGACUGUGUUCGGGUUUAUACGAAGGAUAUUCUUACCACGGUCAAGACUCUGAUCGAGAAGUACAAUCCUGAUAGGGUCGUUCGAGGUCACAAGAAAGCAUUCGGUAUUGGUCUAGACGAUUGAACGGACAGCGGGUCCUCGACAGUAGACCUGGCUAUCAUCGCCUAAUAAUUAAAAAUAGAAUUCGGGCAUGUAUUACUUCUAGACAAACACUUCAGCUUUGAUUAGCGUGCCGCUUAGUUAUGUUGUAUGCACAAGUUUGCGAAACACU